AAGACGCAUUUUCUGUAACCGGGAGUUUUUUGUUUGUGGUUUCACGGUAAAGGUUAAUGAACUUUUGCAUUUACUGGUUAUUGUAAAUGUUCAGCAGUAUUUAAAUAUCUAAUACAAAUUUUAUAGUGCUUCUGGUUGCAAGAGAUGGGUAACAAACGAACACAUCAAUAUUACGUGGUUGAGCUUUCGUACCCAAUAUACAAAGAUGAGAAGUUUAUUUGCGUGCCCAGGUCUUGGGUAUUCGACAUAGAUAACCAGAAGGUAGUGGUGAGAUACCCGCGAUGUCCAAUAGACGAGCUGUUGAGCAAAAUGAAGUUAGACACGUACGAAGACAAUGAUCAGGAUUGGAUGAUGCUAGCAGUUUAUGUCAAACUUAAAACUAACAGCUACAAACAUGCAAUAAAUUAUAUUAACUAUAUCAAUCGCAACCAUUUAUCAAAGCAAACAAGAAGCACUGAAGAAUAUGUUUCAGGUGAUGAACCCGUGAGGUCAGAACGAAAUUCUGGUUAUUCUACACCGUUACAUUCGGAAUAUCCAAAUUGUGAUAUAUUAAAAGCUCUAUUGUCCGAUCAAAUUCCAUUAGCUGAUCAGCCACCGCUACCCGAUGUCAAUGGGAAAACAAAUGAAAUAAUAAAUAAUGAUAACGAAGUUGAAACAAACAAUUAUUUCGACCCAAAUGAUUCAGCAGAACCUCGUCAAAGUUCAUAUCAGCCGGAAACACACUCGCCAUCUAUGAUGGAACAUUCUGCAAAAAGCUCAAACGAUGACUUUGAAAAAAGCGUAAACUGUAGAAAAAUCAAAGAAAAUAACGCGUAUCAUUACACACCGGAGUUAACAAAUAAACCGUUAAUGUUAAAAAUAAUUAGGAAACCAAUGAUGCCAAGUAUAACAAAGCCACCGGCUAUCGAUUCCAAUAUUAAUAUACUUAAACAACAAUCUUGUACUACCGAAAAUGAACUCGGUAGCUUGAAAAACUCAUCCAAAGAAUUAAGCAAGUAUUUAACUCAAACUGUGCAUGAUUUAUCAACAUUUGCCAAACAUAACGAUCAAAAUACUUUGCAAUAUGUUAGGUCUAGUGAUAAAUCUGAUUGUGGCAUUGAAAAGGAAGCUAACUCUGGAGACCAUGGUCAAGAAAAGGAAUCGGUGGAGAACGGAUCAUCUGGAUUUACAAGAGAACCAACAUUGAAUGCAAUUUUAUCAAGUGAAUUGGUGAAACUGCACUCACGUCUUGACGAACUCUUCAGAAGGUACGAUGAAAAUCGAUGUGAUAAUAUUAAAAUAAAUUCUGGAAUGGAAGUGCUGGCGAAAAAAGUGGCAGAACUUGAACAGCUCUAUACUGAAUCUAGUACAGCAUCAUCAGUAGAAAUAGAAAAUAUGGAGGAAGAAGUAAUUGAGACGAUUGAAGACGAAAUUGAAAAAAACAAACGAGCCAGAUAUAAAGAAAACAUUCGUAAAAAAGUUAAAAAUCAAGCCAAGCGAAGAAGAAAUGGAUCAGACGGUUUUGAAGAUAUUCCAAAAAAAAAAUCCAGUUGCAGGUUUAUUUUACCCCAAAAUUAUGACAGAGAUGACUCAAGAUGGACAUUGAAGUAUCGUGAAAUGGAUGAUGAUCUCAUUGAACUUAUAGAAAAUACUGGCAUAUACGUCAAUGAAUCAAUUUUGUGUGCUGGUAAAAGAUUAUCGAAGGAUAGCAAAGAGUAUGCGAUAAUGUUACUACUAGAAAUCUUUUCUGUAAGUGCAUUGAGUACAUGUACUUUAACUGGUGCAAAAGCUUCGUCAUGUAGAACCGAAGAUUAUGAGGUAAGACCAGGAUUAGAUAAAAAAGCAAGAUUUGUUCUGUUGGCUUCCGUGGAAAGGCAUGCACGCGAGAAAAGGUGGGCAAGACUUCACACGCGCCGCGAAAUUAUGAAACAUAGAAAGGAUAUUAUGACCACUCUACGUAAUAAGAUGACGCGUAUGAGAAAACUGAAUAAAUUACAUCUUUGCUAACGUAACUUUACGUUCUUCGUCUUCCACUGGACCUGUUUUAAACUCAUCCCCAACUGAAAUUGUUAGUCCAGCCACCUUCUAAAAUUCUGCCGAAGAUAUAUUAUUUUAAGUUAUCAAAAACACCACAGUUGAUAAAAUAUUAUUAUAUAUCA